AAAAUAGUGAAAUGCUGUCGAGAAGUUGACACUGCAAUUUCUCAAUUGCGUGGGGUUUUCAGUCUCAGUUUUCUUAAAACCUCACUGUAUCGGUAAUUAGAGCUGUGAAAGAGAAAGAUGAGGCAAGCUUUUCUGGGAUUAUGUUUGCUUGUUUUUGCUCACCUUCUCCAACUAACCUCAGCUAUUGUCGUUCUCAAACCAUUUGCCUGGGCGUUCUCGGACCUUCCCGCCAAAUUUAGUAACUUUCCAUCUUUUGCCAUUUGCUUGCUGAGAAAAUGUAGAAAAACUAUUGGUGUCAAUAGCUCUGGUAUAUGUGGAGCUUUGCUUAUAUCAGACCCUUUGGACGCCUGCUCAUCUCUACGCAAUGGACUUCGACCAAAUGAAACUGAUAAAACAAGGUUUGCUCUGAUAGUUAGAGGUGAAUGUGCUUUCAAGGAUAAAGUCCAAAAUGCUCAAAAUGCUGGAUUUCAUGGUGCUAUUGUUUAUGACGAUAGAGAUAAAGGCAAAUUGAUCUACAUGAUGAUAGAGAGUGUGAAUGUUACAAUUCAAGCUGUAUUUGUUUCGAAAGCAUCUGGUGAACUGUUAAAGGAGCAUGCUCUAGGGGAAGAAGGGGAAUGCUGCAUCUUCCCAUUUCAAAAUGAAACAGCUUGGACGGUUCUAGCUAUAUCUUUUAUCUCAUUUCUUGUCAUAUUGGGUAUCCUUAUAAUAGCCAUCUUUGCUCCGAGACACUGGCUCUAUUCUCGAGGAAGAAACCAGCUUCCUAAAAGUGUGGAUACCAAGAUUGUGGAAGCUCUACCUUGCUUCACAUUCAGUUCCACUGGUUUGGGUGAAUGCCACAGUGAAGAAUCUUGUGCCAUCUGCCUUGAGAAUUACAAAGAUGAGGAAAUUCUUAAAGUUCUUCCCUGCCAACAUGAAUUUCAUUCAAGCUGCGUGGAUUCAUGGCUGACAAAAUGGGGGACAUUCUGCCCAGUGUGCAAGCAUGAUAUGAGAACCAAAAUUGUGAAUCCCGAGAUCAAAAGAAGGACCUGGUUGUACAGUUAGUGAAUGGAAAAUAUGACUUGUCAAGGGUUCCCUCCCGUUUAUUAUGGAUGUCUAUAUGAACUCCACCUGAAUGUGUUUCAUUGCGUGGAUUGAAGAGACGUCUAGAUGAUAUUUGUCUGCACUUUUAUGAACAUAUCAAUAAAGUUUGCUGUUCAAAAUUUCAGUGAAAACUUGUCCGAUGCAACUCGAAUGUAAAGGUCAUCAGUGCUCUCUCCUGUGCAAAAUCCUUGAUGUGAUCUACAAGCUAAGCCAAAGGGGACAAAGUUUUGUGCCCCUGUAUAUUGUCUGAAGCUCGAGUGUAGUUUUGCCCCAGCCACUGCCAAAGCAGCAAGGGAACCCAUUGCUAACAGCUCUGCUCUUGAAUGGUUUGCACACUAGGAUUUGCACUGUUGUAUAUUUUAGGUC